ACAUUCUUUUUCUGUUCAAAUACGGUCUCCUUUUCUCCCUUCACACAUCCAUCUUCAGUGGCGGCGGCGGGAGCGGCCGGACAAAGGUCCAAAGAAGGUCGCCGGAGAUUCCGACCAACGCCGUCGAUAUUUGGAACUCAUCUUACAAAUACAAUUUACGAAGCAAAAAAUUCUCUCUCAGCAUAAUAGGUACAGACGCCGUCGAUAUUUGGAACUCAUCUUACAAAUACAAUUUACGAAGCAAGAUAGCUACAAAAUUCUCUCUCAGCAUAAUAGGUACAAUCGUUUGUGCCUGUUCAAGACGUGCAAAAUUAAUCAAUCUGCAGCGAGUCGAAUGAUUUUCUACUAAUAAUUGGAGAGACGGUUCGCGGGAGAGAUUUUGUUCUGCCUUCGGAGUCGGAAGUUCUUAAUCUCAUUAUUAAUCUGUUCCCGCCAAAAGUUUGAUCAUCCGAAAGUUGACCGGAUUUCGAAUCAUCAAUCCAUGGCGUGAUGGUGGAUGAUGGUUAAUGGCUCUGCAACGGUUUGAAUCUAUGGCGUUAAUGGCUUAUAAUAAGUUAACAAUGGAUAAGCAUGUUUUCUGUGUAUCGCUCAGAUAAACUCUAGUGUUGAUGUUUAGUUUGAUAUGUGUCCUGAAACUCGGCCCAAGGCAAUUUGGUCCCAGGACAUUGAACUAAAAUGACUGCAGUCGAGCAAACUUUCGAUUUGCUUAAGCUAUUUGUUGCUGUACGAGAUAAGGGUGGUUAUGAUGCUGUAUCGAGGAAUGAUUUGUGGGAUCUGGUAGCAGAAGAUUCUGGUUUAGGUUCGAUUAUUCCCUCUACUGUGAAAGUGCUAUACGUCGAGUGUUUGAAUAUUUUAGAGAGAUGGCUUGAAAAGGUUGUUGAGGAUAAAGAAUCCUCAAGUAGUUGCAGCAGUAAGGGAGAUGGUACGGGUUUUGAGUUCAAUGGUUUGUCAUCAGAUAUUCAGUAUUUGAAGAAGAAUGAUGAUUUGCAUGAAGAUACAAAAUUGUUGCAGGAGUCAAACUUUUUAGACUGUGAUGAUACAGUUGUGAUUCUGAAGACUGACAGGGACAAUGAUAUUUAUGGUUGCGGGGAAACUUUUUGCCAAUUAAAUAAGAGCGACUUAGACAUUCCUGACACAGAUGACUUGUACGAAGAUGAAGACACAAGCCCCGAAUUAUCAUCCAACGUGAACGACAUUCUAAUGCCAAGUAUUCGGAAGCAUGAAAAUGUAUCAGCAGACGGGGUAGUAGAAAGCAAUGUGGAGUUCUCUCAUGGCGGUGGAAAGUGCGAUGGUGAUGAUCCUGAUAAUGAGGGAGGAGUGAUUUUAGAUUCCACCUCUAUUGAGGAACAGAAUCUUAGCCACGAGAGAAAGUGUGAAUCCCUGUUAGGAAUGGUAAGGUGGAUCACUGAAAUUGCAAAGAAUCCAUCUUACCCUGUUAUCGGGUCAUUACCUGAAAGAUCAAAGUGGAAGUCACGUGGAAAUGAAGAGAUCUGGAAGCAAGUUCUGCUGAUUCGAGAGGCAAUGUUACUGAAAAGACAUUCUAAUUCUUUUGCGGGACGGUCUAUUCUGCAGAAUAUAAAUCCAUACAUGUUCAAUGAUCAUCAAGGCUCCAGUUACAAUCUAAGAAAGAAGGUGAAGUCCAGAAAAAUACUUCCUUCUGGGAUGAGUAGUGGUCGAAGUCUUCUAGCGGCGAUGGAAGACCAACUAGACCAUGAGAUUCUUGUAACAACUAAUACCUGGAUGCCAGAUUACAUGGGAAAAUCUGCCUCAAAGCACAUACCGGUAGGGCCAAAGUUUCAAGUGGAAGUAGCAGAAUGGAGUGGUACAACGUCUGAAAGUGACUCUAAGUGGUUGGGGACCCUCGUUUGGCCUUCGGAUAAAGUGAACCGAGCGUUUCUCAUUGAACACGAUCUCAUUGGGGAAGGGAGGCAAGAUUCGUGUAAAUGCCAGGUGCGUGGUUCCACUAAAUGCACUCAAUAUCAUAUUUUAAAGAAAAGAUACAAAUUGAAGUUGGAAAUAGGCUCUGCAUUCUAUGAAUGGAAAUUUGAUAGGAUGGGGGAAGAAGUAAGACUCUGUUGGACAGAGAAAGAGGAGCAUAAGUUUAAGGAUGCUAUUCGGUCUAGUCCGGUAUCUCUUAAGAAGUCUUUUCGGACUUGGAUUUCCAAGUUUUUCCCUUCUAAAAGCAGAGAAGAUAUGGUAUGCUACUACUUUAAUGUCUUCUUAUUGCAUCGUAGAGGAUUUCAGAAUAGAUUCACCCCAGAUAACAUUUGCAGUGAUGACGAAUUGGAGUUUAAGUAGUCAGUGAAAACCUUUUUUGGAAACCCAUCAUUUUGUCGAGAUGGAAAAUCAGUAGGAGAAUUUUUUUUUUUUUUUUUGCUUUGUUUUUCUUGGUUUCGUGUACACAUUUGUUCAGUUGAAGUUGAUCAGUGAAAAAAAUACAGUUACAUAGUACAUGGUAACAGUAUAUUUGUGAAGUGAUAUUGAAGAGCCUUAGUUCUGGGACCUUCGA